GUUCGGGGAACCUGCUAGGAUUUUAGUCUUGGAAUAUAAGCUUUUGGAGCACCUCUGUGGGGAAGAACUAAAGGAGGAGGACCAGCAGAACAGCUCCAAUGUAGGUCUGAUGAUGUCACAAGCCUGGUGAGGAAGAGAAGUUAAGAGAAACCUAAUGGACAAUCUUCACAACAGAUGAUAACAAAAAAUAAUCCAGAUGGGGUGCAGGUGCUGUAAAAUGAUACAAAGCUAUCUCUUCGAUCCCGUUCAAGUGCCCUCCCCCGGCUAUGUCAACGAGGUGAGCAGCUGCAAGUUGGAGGAAGAGGACACUGUUAAAUUAAAAGGCAAACAGAGCAGCGAAGUCCUGGUGCAUAAAAAUGACCUUCAGCGGGAGGGCUUGAGGAGGACGGGGAGCAGAAGCCGGAGGGCUGGGCCGCAGGAGCCCGGCUGGCCUCCCCAGGGGCCGCACCCUCCAGGGGACACAGGAGGGGAGCCCUGUGCGGAGAAGACUGGUGGUGCUGUCAAUGGCAUUGGGCCCGCGGCGGCCUUGCCGCCCCCUGGGGAUCCUGGGCCCUCCCAGGGUGGCACAGGUUCCUGGGCUAAUACCGCCAACAGCGUGCCCCCAGCUCACCCCAUCCUCGAAAGAGGGGGUGCCAGGGAAACGGACUGUGCGCUGCCGGCCUCAGGAGAGACGGGAGUCGUGGGGAAUGGAGACUCCAGAGUUUCUUCCGAGGCCGAGGGUCCUACGGUGGACGUGCCGGACCAUGUCCCCCAGAUACCAGCCCCGGACUACCCUCCACACUGGGGCUCGGCUGGCGACGAAGUGGAUCACGAAGAAAAAGAGGAGGUUUUCCAGGGCCAUCCCGAGGAGGAGCGCCCGGAGGAAGCACGCCCAGGCGCGGGAGAGCAGGGCUUGAACCUGCCCUUCUCCUUCCCGGGGAAGCAACGCUGGGAUUCCUUAAACGGGGCAGUGGCCGCGGAGGUCCUGAGCGUCCACUUUAAAGAAGAGGACCCCGCCCCGGCCGCGCCUGUGGCCGAUGGGAGAAACGGGUGGGAGGACGCCCCCCGCACCCCAGGAGACGCGAGUGGGGAGGCGGAGGAGGAAGACGCGGAUGUGGCGGAGGCCCUGGCGGCUUUGGAAGCGGCCACGGCCGGAGAAGACGUGGACGAUGUGGAUUAGGGGAGGGGAUUGGCGCGUGCAACGGAGCUGGUGUCACAGGGGCGUUGGGUGUGAUUGCUCCGCAGAGCUGAGCUGAGUCUGCAGCGCGCGGUGCAGCCCUGCCUGUUUACAGCCAGCCUCGUGCUGAUGAUGGCGUGCCCGUGCCCGCUCCUUAAAUGUUGAGAGCGCCCCUGUGGGUGGCCCAUCACUCAGGACACUGGAACGAAAAGCAGAGUGGGCCAUGGUGCCGCUGUCUGGAAAUGAGCCUCUUCGGCAACCCCCAGAGUCCCCACAACAUCUGGUGCAGCUGUGCUGGAGAAUUCUCUGAAAUCCCAGCGCUUCGCCCCAGAGCACAGACUCCCGGAACAGUCUGUUUGACUGUCGUUGUUUUUGUUAAUCCUCACCCGGAGAUAUCUUUUCCAUUGAUUUUUAAAAAGAGUGAACGUGG